AUGCCGCUUGUUCACGCAGGAGCAUGGGAGGUGCAGAGCCUCGAAGCUACCAUUGCAAAGGUGCGGGGUCGCAGUGGAACUUUGGCGGCCCAGCUGCGAAAAUUGGACGACCUGUUGGACGACCUGUUGACCAAAGUGGCGAACUGUGGCGAGCACCCAGAAGAGGUACAUUCUAUCCGAAGGGAAGCAGGGGAGAAAGCCAUUGACUUCCUCGAAGCAUUCGAAGCUCACCCAUCAGCUUCAGAUCCGGACUGGCAGUUGGACCCUGUGGGUCUCGGCAUUUUCGCGAGCGCAGAGCCAGCGGACAAGCUUGGCAAGUAUCCUGAAUUCAAGCGCUGGUGCCCUGGCUGA